AUUGCUUACCCAGCAACAACACAGCAAUAUUUUUUGUGUAUGUCAAACAGUGUCAAAGACAUAAAUAAAUUUUUUCUACAAUAUAAUACAAAAUUAUAAAUAAGUAGCAGUAAAUAAACUGUGAUACAUAAUAAAUAUCAAGACUGAAAUUAAUCAAUCAGCACAAAAAUGUUCAGCUUCAACGUGUUCCCAGACAUUCCCAGGCCAUUCAAUACUCAAUACAAAUGUUUUUCAGUAUCAAUGUUGCCAGGAAAUGAGAGGCAAGAUGUUGAACGUGGUGGAAAAAUUAUAAUGCCACCAUCAGCUCUUGAACAACUAACAAGAUUAAAUAUUGUUUAUCCAAUGUUAUUUAAAUUAACAAAUAAAAAAACAAAUCGUGUUACACAUUGUGGUGUAUUGGAAUUUGUUGCUGAUGAAGGAAAAGUAUAUUUGCCAUAUUGGAUGAUGCAUAAUUUACUUCUUGAAGAAAGUGAAAUAAUAAAUAUUGAAAGUGUAUCAUUACCAGUUGCAACAUUUUCAAGAUUUCAGCCACAAUCUGAGGAUUUUCUUGAUAUAACAAAUCCAAAAGCUGUAUUAGAAAAUGGUUUACGUAGUUUUGCAUGUUUAACAACUGGUGAUAUUGUUGCAAUACAAUAUAAUCAACGUAUUUAUGAAAUGUGUGUACUUGAAACAAAACCAGGUACAGCUGUUAGUAUUAUUGAAUGUGAUAUGAAUGUUGAAUUUGCUGCACCAGUUGGUUAUAAAGAACCAGAAAGACCAGUUAAAAAAAAUGAAGAAACAUUGGAUCCAGUUGAUAUGAUGCCUGAUCCAGUUGGUUUUAUUGCAUUUAAAGGACAAGGUAAUCGUCUUGAUGGUAAAAAAAGAAAAGAUUCAGCAUCAAUUGAUACACCAAUAACAAAACCAGUUUAUAUUAGAGGUAUACCAGAUUAUGAUUAUAAAAUUGGUACUAUUAAAUUUCUUCGUAAUAUUAAACCAGUUAAUUCAAAAGAGGACACAACUAUUGACGAAUUUACGCCUUUUACUGGUGAAGGUUUUUCCCUUCGUCAAUUAAGAAAAUAAAUAAAUCAUUAUCCAUUUAAAUAUUAUAUAUAUACAUAAAAAAAAAAAAAGAUCGU